AAUGCUCUCUAGCGGUGCUUUCGAUCACUUGCCUUGCAGUGCAAGUUUCGAAGUCGAAGCUUGAUGUUCGUUUAUCGCUUGCGUUAUUUGUCUGCUUGUAUGUUCUAAAGUAGUUGGUGUUUUGAAUGUUAAAUUAAAUUAUUUUCUAACUGCUUUAGCCGGUAUUAUUUAGAAAUAAAGGAAAUUCUAGCAUUGCUCUCAAAUGGAGGUCGAAAUACUUCAGAGUGGAUCUGGGAAGGUUGUUGCACACCUGUCAGAUCUUUCACCUGCAUCUACAGUCUAUGAUGUUAAGAAGGAAAUUCAUAAACUAAAGAAAAAACUUCAUCCAUCAAGGCAGGCUUUGAAAUUGGAUCAACGUGGUAAAUUUUUGAAUGAUGGGUUAACUUUAGAUUCCGUUGAAUUCAAGGGCCAAAAACAACUUUAUUUGAAAGACCUUGGACCACAGAUUGGUUGGAAAACAGUCUUCCUGCUUGAAUAUGCUGGUCCUCUUGUAUUAUAUGUCCUUACUUACUGCCGGCCAGCCAUUUUGUAUGGAGCAGAUGCAUCAAAGAAAAUGCACCCAGUUAUUCACAUUGCUGUUGUAUGUUGGGUGAUACACUAUUCUAAGCGUCUACUUGAAACUCUUUUUGUACACCGUUUCUCUCAUGCUACUAUGCCAUUCGGAAACCUCUUUAAGAAUUGCUCAUACUAUUGGUUAUUUGGCCUUUAUAUUGGUUAUUAUUGUAACCAUCCUCUGUAUACCCCUCCAAGUUAUGGAGACGUGCAAAUUUAUGGUGCUUUAGCUACAUUUAUCAUUGCUGAAUUGGGUAAUCUGAGUAUUCAUCUCGCUCUACGAAACUUACGUCCACCAGGAACAACGGAGAGAAAAAUUCCUGUACCCACAGGCAAUCCACUUACCUCUCUCUUCAAUUUUGUAUCUUGCCCAAACUACACCUAUGAAUAUCUCGCCUGGCUCUCUUUCACUCUCAUGACUCAAACUUUACCGGCUGGUCUGUUCACGUUGGCUGGUCUCUAUCAGAUGUCCGUAUGGGCAUUGGGUAAGCAUCGCAACUACAAGAAGGAAUUUCCCAAUUAUCCUAGAGGAAGGAAAGCUAUCAUUCCAUUUCUCUUGUGAGAGAAAUGAUUGACUUUUUCGUAUCACAUUCCUACUUAUUUUCUGCCAUCUUGAAAGUCAUACUUCUGUUACCUGGAUAAAGCACUCAAUGUUAAUUCAAUUUUUGUUCAUUUUUUAUACUACUAUGAAAUUUGUUAUAUUGCAAUGGUUUGGUUAUUUAUACACACUUGCAUAGUUACUUCAAUAAAUUUUUGUUUUCAAAAAAAAAAA